AUGCCCCCGGCACUCAUCAUCCUCAACUCUCCGCAUCUCGUCGACGCAAUCUUCGCCUCUGUUGACCGUGCGGGUCUUGUCACUUGCCUCAGGGUGUGCACAAAGUUCUUCCUCGCCGCUGCUCCAAUCCUUUACGACGUCGUGCGACUCGAUAAGGAUCGUAUCGGCCCCUUCUUCUCGGGUGCAAUCCAGAUUCACGACCAGUCGUCAAACUGCCGUUGGUGUGGAGGACGGCCCGGGGGCAAGCUCACCUGCGCCAACACACGAUGCCUGAAGGCCCGACUCCUCGCUCGGGUCCGUGUACUGUCCUUGGGAUCGCACGACAGCCGUGACUGCGAUGGCUACGGAGAGUUCUCCUCAGCCCUUCUGACUGGUAUCGAGACGCUUCGCAUCGUGCCUACUCCAUUGGACACGUUCGACCUCGACAGAUUUUGCCAAUGUCGACGGCACGGCGAUGAGGGAUGUCGAUUCCUCGAGAGCAGCCUGGCACGGAAGGUGGUCGUGCGCAACACGGAUAGCGGCACUUACAUGCUGGCGUUUUUCGACCUCCGACACAUGUCGAAUCUCGAAGAGCUCGUCUUUGUUCUCCCGUCGAUCUCUCUGCGCUUUCCAACACCCUCCUCGUUCUACAAGCACCAUUCAAAGUAUGCCAAGGGCGCAAGUGUCAAGUUUGUGUUCGAUCACAGCUGGGAGACUUGGACAGAGCCCACGGGCUGUUGCGCAGACCCCAAUUCCCUCCCCGGAGGCCAUUCAUGCUACGGCCCAUAUCAGCCUGCGAUUAUGCCCUCUCACGAAGAUGACUCCAUCGGCACCACUGAGAUAGUCCAAAGUCUGUUCGGCUCUCCUCCCAGAGCUCCAGAGUAUCCAGUCACCAUCUACGGCCUCGAAUCAGUUCAGUUCGGCGAGGAACCAUUCUUUACGAUCCCAGACGUGGACGAACAAGAAGCACUCCGGCUUCAGGUGAUGGAUGAAAUCCAAAAUCUCUCCUUGCCUGAGCCUACAACUACUUGGGCCACGAGCUCCCCUGCCCCUGGUGUGAAGGGGUCAAUCAUUUUCGAGACCAUCGACGACUACUGGUUUAUGCUCGAUCCCGAUGAACGGAGAGACGAGCUCGAUGAUGGCUGGGACGACCUGUUCUGGUAG